CAUUGUGGUAUUGAAUUUUCGUGAAUACGGAUACAGGCCGAACUGUACGUAUCUAACGGUCUUCGCGUAGGUUGUUUAGACUCACCCUCAUCAAUGGUCAGACGCGUGAGGCGUAAAGGAUGAUGCUGCAUUUAUUGUAGACAAUCGGUUUACUGUCAGCGGAUCGCGCCUGGAACCCAUUGACUCUAUCAAGAACCCUGUCUCCCCAGCCUCCAUCAGCCUAAUCCCCAAACGGAUGUGGGUAAAUAUGGCUGCCCUCCACGUACUGCUGGGCACUCUACUCCUGGCUGUUAACUCAAUCGCCCAGGCACCUGGAGACGACACCGAACAGCUUGCCUUACGGAAUGCCGAAUUUGCCACCAGCCUGUACCGUAAAGUCGCCGGCUCCAACGACGGGAACGUGGUGGUGUCACCCCUGAGCCUGACUCUGGGUCUGGCUGCCCUGGCGGAGGGUGCAGGGGGCCAGACUCAGGAGCAGCUCCUGAGCACCCUCCAGCUCAGCCUGCUGCAGAAGCCCGACGCCCCCGACCGCAUCCCCCAGCUCCUGCAGUCUCUCCAGAAGGACGUGGAGAAGGAGCCCUCCGUCAGGUACGACCAGGGCUCAGCGCUGUUCGCUGCACAGCAGGUCUCCGUGGAGGCGACAUUCAAAGAGCGGGUGAAGGAGUACUUCCAGACGGAGGCGCAGAAUGUGGACUUCAGUAAAACACAGGCUGCCGCGAACACCAUAAAUGACCACUUCCGCAGCAAGACUGGGGACAAGAUCCGAGAAGCGGUGACGGACACCAUCGAUGCUAACACACAACUGAUGCUAGUCAGUGCUGUCUUCUUCAAAGGCCAGUUGGUGCUGCCUUUCAACGCCAGCUUGACCCAGCAGGAGCGCUUCUACAUCGACAAGUACCACAUCGCUCAGGUGCCCAUGAUGUUCCGUUCCGAUAAGUACCACCUGGCGUACGACCCUGCUCUCAAAGUGGGCAUUCUCAAGCUGGCAAGCGCAGGAGGGGUAGCCAUGCUCGUGAUUUUCCCCGACGAGGAUGUGGAUAUCACCUCCAUAGAUGACGAGCUCUAUGCCAAUACAUACCUGGAGUGGUUGAAGAGUUUGAAGAGAACGAAACUGGAGGUUCAGCUGCCACGCUUCUCUCUGCUGCAGUCUUACUCCCUGAAGACGGCCCUUCCCAGCAUGGGUAUUCCAGACGUCUUCCAGGGCAAUGCGGACCUGUCCAAACUCAGCAGUAGCCAGGGCCUGAAGCUGGACGAGGUUCUGCAGAAGACUGCCAUUGAGAUAGAUGAGACCGGGUCAGAGCCAGACUCGGCACCCCCCACUGACCCCUUCACCACCAACCUGCCCCCCCGACUCACCAUUAACAGACCCUUCCUGUUCCUGGUCUACCACGAGGCCACCAAGAACCUGCUCCAAAUCGGAAGAGUGGUCGACCCCACCAAAAACUAAACGCAUGAGAUGUCAACACACUGUCUUAACUGUAGUUAUAACAAAUACACAUACUGUAUUAAUCAAAAACCUGGUCUGUAACAUAUAACUUAUUAAGGAGCCUACAUCUUGAUCCUGUAUACAUAUUCUGUGUUAAACAAUAACCUGGGUUAUUUGUCUACUUUCUGGUAUUAGCCUGCUGCCUGUAGCUUUAUACAUGUAACAGAAACAGGCCUGUGUUAUUUGUUGCUACAUACUACACACAUCAUGUAAGGAUUCAUGUAAAAGUGUUGCAUUGUUGCGUUCUGCUCAGUAUGUGAAGUUUUGGGAUAGCUGUAUUGGAUUUAUUGAGGAAUGUGGUAUUUUUUAAAUACUGAGGUGAAAUUCCACAUUCAGGAAGUAUUCUUCUCAAGUAUUCGGUGACAAUGCACUGUUUAAUUAGCAUGAAUAAUGGGGUGCUUUAAUUUGUACCAUUGGGGGUGGCCACACAUAAGUGUGAUCUGCUGCUGGCUACAUCCACUGAGAGAAUAAAAAGUUGAAGGAACAAA